AUGAGUAAGGGUACUCCUUCAUUCGGUAAGCGUCAUAACAAGUCUCACACUUUGUGUAACAGAUGUGGUCGUCGUUCAUUCCAUGUUCAAAAGAAGACCUGUUCUUCCUGUGGUUAUCCAGCUGCUAAGACCAGAUCUCACAACUGGGCCGCCAAGGCUAAGAGAAGACACACUACUGGUACUGGUAGAAUGAGAUACUUGAAACAUGUCUCAAGAAGAUUCAAGAACGGGUUCCAAACCGGCUCUGCUUCUAAGGCUUCUGCUUAA